CAACCGAAGCAAGCCGAGAAGGCGGGACGUGAAACCACGCGCUUCCCUCCGAAUAAAGAUCUCCCAAUUCCCUUCCGUUCCAUAUUCCGAAUCUAAAUCCAUGGCAGAAGAAGGCAAACCCGAUGCCCAACUCUUUCAGCUUCUUUCCACUCUUGUUCAGCAGGUGGAAGCAUUAACGAACGAAGAAGAGGUUGAACUCCGCUCAAAAAUUGAAGCUCUUGGAUUAGAGGUCACAAAAGUUCCCUCAAAGUCAAACCAGCCGCUUGAUGAGUUGGCAAUAGCUGAACAGUUGGAUAAAUUGUCAGCAAAAAUAGAUGAUGUGGAUGAGAUGAUAUCAUCAGCCAUGGCUGCAGAUCCACAAGUGCAAUCACUUUUGAGCGGUACAGCUGAUGUGUGGAUGCCAGUUAUAACUGCUACCUCCGAGGAAAGACGUAAUUUUACAACUUCUUUAGGAGACAAGACACCAACCGAUGCUGAAACUUCUAAGUAGUUUUUUUUUUAAAAAUAAAUUAUAUAUAUAAAUAAUUUCUUUAAUGUAUGCCAUUUUAGUGAAAGAAUAAUGCUUUUAUGGUUAUGGUCUCAUGGCGCUGUUUAUUAUUCAGUUCUAUAUUUUGAUUCAGGGAUGAUUCUAGUAUAAAUUGAAUAUCCCUGACUUUUGUAUCAUUUAACACUCAGGAUGCAAGUUUUCAUCUUGGAGAGAAUGUUUAUUUUA